AAGGAAGGUGGAGAGUCCACAAUAAUUGGCAUCCAAUGCUUACGGAGAUUCGCACUGUUGCUGAAUUCCAAGAUCUGGCAAAAUCAAUUAUUAAUUUAAAAAAAAUAUAAUGUGCGAAAAGCUUUUUGUUUGAUUGGAGGAGAAAGAGGAAGCAUAAAGUGUUGUUAGUAGGAGCUACAGUGGAAAAAUAAUUUAGUGUUUUAGUGAGAGAAAAAGUUAAACAGGAGAGCCAAUUAGUGGUCCGUCGGAAAGAAAGUUGCCCGAAAAGGUAACUCAACCAUCAAAAUAUUUUUUUUAGGUUAGGUUUCAGUUAUGGAUGGUGAAUUGGUUUAAGUUGUUGAUUAGAUUGAAGUGAGAAUUGGGGGAAAAAAAAAUGGCCGCUGAGUCAUCAAAGACGACGGGAUUUGGUUUGAAUUACAGCACCUGCAAUUCAGAGGGGAUUCCUAAUCCUAAUUCCAAUCUUAUGAGUAUGGGUUUUGGAAUGGGAAUGGGGAAUUACUUUGCUUCUUCAUCUGGCUUCAUUCCUGGAUUAGUUCAACCUCCCAAUUCCUGUUCUACUUCUACUUUUCUUGAUUCCUCCGGCCUCAAACAUGAUACUGGAUUCGCUGUUGAUUGGUCCAUGCAUGAGCAGCUUAAACUGGAGGAAGGCCUUAUCAAAUAUUCCGAUGAACCAAACAUCAUGAGGUAUGUGAAGAUUGCGGCAACUUUGCGUGACAAAACUGUACGUGAUGUUGCAUUGAGGUGUAGGUGGAUGACUAGAAAGCGAAGAAAACCUGAAGAGUAUAAUUUUGGAAAGAAGGUGAUCAGCAGGAAGGAUAAGCUGGUGGAAUUAAACUUGAAGACAAAUAUACCUUUAACUUAUUCACAGAACAUGGGUUCCUAUCCUUUCUUAAUGCAUCAGAUGGACCAGAAUGGACCUUUUCCUUUUGAAGUCCUGGGAAUAAGUGGCACGACUAGGCAUCUCUUAGAACAGAAUUCUCAAGCUUUUAGUCAAAUCACAGCCAACCUUUCUACAUUUAAGUUACAGGAUAACGUUGAACUCUUCUGUCACACGAGGAACAAUAUUAUUGCCAUCCUAAAUGACAUGAGAGACAUGCCUGGCAUAAUGAGCCAGAUGCCACCUUUGCCUGUAUCCAUAAAUGAGGACCUUGCUAAUAGUAUAUUGCCUCAUACAACUCAGUCAAUGAUGUUUGGCUCACCAAUGGGGAUCCAACUGAAGCAGGAACCAAGAUGCUGAUGGAUAACUGUUGAUGUUGAUAUAACUGGCCUGUAAGUACAAAAAUUUUCUACUGUAAAUGUGUAAGAAGCUGGUAGGACGCUCUUCUUCACUUGUUGUACACAUAUUUAGUCACAUAUUUGGUGCCAUAAUGGAAAAGAUCCCAUUUUUGGAAACCUGAAAUGUUUAGCAACCCAGAUGUUAGAUUGAAGCGCCAUAUAGUAAUGAUGCCAACUUCCUAUCAUCUGGUGGCUGGAGCCACAGAAUUUCUAACCAGCGUAAGCUGAAUUUUAAGUUAAAAGCUUCAUGUGUACAAAAUCUAUGCUGUGGUUCCUCAUCUGCCACUGUUACGUGUAUGCUAUUGUGUCAGUUUUACAAAUCCUAUUAACAUACCCUAUUAGACCAA